ACUGUUUUAUGUUCUAUAAGGGGAAUGCACAUUUUCUGUUCUCAAGGGGGAAACAGGAUUGGCAAUGAAAAACCACACAGUACCCACAGAAUUCAUUCUUCUUGGCCUCUCAGAUGACCCAGAGCUUCAGACUGUGAUUUUUCUCUUUUUAAUUAUCACAUAUAUAUUAAGUGUCAUGGGAAAUUUGGCCAUCAUCACUCUCACCCUGGUGGACUCCCAUCUACACACCCCUAUGUAUUUUUUCCUCAGGAACUUCUCUGUAUUAGAAGUUUCCUUCACAACUGUCUGCAUUCCUAGAUUUUUGGGCACAAUUGUCACCAGGGACAAAACUAUUUCAUACAGUAAUUGUAUAGCUCAGUUGUUUUUCUUCAUCUUCAUGGGAAUCACUGAAUUUUAUCUUCUAACUGCCAUGUCCUAUGAUCGCUAUGUCGCAAUCUGCAAACCCCUGCAUUAUACAACCAUCAUGAGCAAAAGAGUCUGCACACUGCUUGUCUUUUUCGCUUGGCUGGCAGGAUUCUUAAAUAUCUUCCCGCCAGUUAUUCUUUUUCUCCGGUUAGAUUAUUGCGGCUCCAAUAUCAUUGAUCACUUUGCUUGUGACUAUUUCCCCCUCCUGCAACUAUCCUGCUCUGACACAUGGCUCCUGGAAGUGAUUGGUUUCUACUCUGCCAUAGUGAUUCUGCUUUUCACCCUGGCAUUAAUCCUUCUAUCCUACGUGUUCAUCAUGAAGACAAUCCUGAAACUGCCUUCUGCCAGUCAGCGAAAAAAGGCAUUUUCUACAUGCUCCUCUCACAUGAUUGUCAUUUCCAUCUCUUAUGGGAGCUGCAUGUUCAUGUAUGCCAACCCUUCAGCAAAAGAAAAGGCGUCCUUGACCAAAGGAGUAGCUAUUCUGAACACUUCUGUUGCUCCCAUGAUGAAUCCAUUUAUAUAUACCCUGAGGAACCAGCAAGUGAAGCAAGCCUUUAAAGAUACUAUCCAAAAGAUUAUGUUUUCUUCAAGUAAAUGA